AUGGAUGCUUUUGCUAAUCACAGUUGUCACCUCCUUCAGCAGCUCCACAAUCAGCGGAUACAGGGUCUUCUCUGCGAUUGUAUGUUGGUGGUCAAAGGAGUUUCCUUCAAAGCACAUAAAAAUGUGUUGGCUGCUUUUAGCCAAUAUUUUAGGACCCUGUUUCAAAAUUCUCCAAGCCAGAAGAAUGAUGUUUUUCAUUUGGAUAUUAAGAACGUGGGUGGCAUUGGCCAGAUCUUGGAUUAUAUGUAUACUUCACAUCUUGACCUCAACCAGGAUAAUAUACAGAACUUGCUUGAUAUCGCACAGUGCUUACAGGUGCAGAAUAUUUUGAAUCUGUGUCAAUCCUUUUUAAAAACCUCCCGAUCUAUAGAGCAGCCAGCCAGUCUGACCGGCAAUGAAACAUUUUCAUUGCAAAAUACUUUGGCUAUUGAUACCCACUGUGGACACUAUGAUGUACUCCACAUUUGCUCAACUGCUGCUUGUAAAGUCUUGGAUGACCAACAACCUGGGUCACAGCCUUGUGCACCUCAUAACUCCUCAGCUGAGGGAGCCAAACCAAAACAAGACUCUGUGGGCCCUGGUGGGGCGGAUCUGUCCUUUAAACUACCAAAUGGCCAUUAUAAGCUUCGAAAUUUUUAUAGCAAACAGUUCUGCAAACAGACUAUUUGUCCCAGCAACAAGGGGCUACUAGAAAUGCCCCCUGAUUUUGUAAUAUCUCCAGCACAAGAAACAGCUCAGGAUGCUACUUUGUGCAACAUAAACCAAUGUACUUUGGAGUCAUCUGAUCGACCCCCCCUGCCACCAGCCUUUCUCGCCCAGUCCUUAAAUGACUGUGCUGAGGAUCAAGACACAGAGGGCGUGUCCAUACAGCCAGCCAAACAGUUGAGGCCUAAGAAAGUCAUCCACCUUCAAAAACUGAAUUUGCUACAGUCCCAAAAGUCUCCUGAACAGUCGUCUGUAUGCAAUCCCGACAGAGCCGUUGCAAAAGGAAACGAAUUAGGAUGCCAGAGCAGCACAAAAAGGACGACCACAGUUGAGGUUCCUGAAGGAAAACAUCCCAGCGGGCUAGUGAGUUCCGAAUGUGUAGAAUUGGAGCCAUCCCAGGAGCCAUCUGGGCCAGAGAGCCCGUUAAAGGUUUUCCUUCCAGAGAGGCAGUAUCCUUGCGCAUUAUGUGGAAAGGUUUUUAAACAUCCAAGCAACCUGGAGCUCCACGUAAGGUCCCAUACAGGUGAAAAGCCUUUUGAAUGUAACAUUUGUGGAAAAUGUUUCUCACAGGCAGGGAAUCUUCAGACUCACUUGCGUCGCCAUUCUGGUGAAAAACCAUUCAUUUGUGAAAUCUGCGGGAAGAGGUUUGCUGCUUCUGGAGAUGUCCAGCGCCACAUUAUUAUUCACUCUGGAGAAAAACCGCAUCUGUGUGAUAUUUGUGGUCGAGGUUUUAGUAACUUCAGUAAUUUAAAGGAACAUAAGAAGAACCAUGCAGCAGAAAAAGUAUUCACAUGUGACGAGUGUGGGAAAUCAUUUAACUUACCACGGAAAUUAGUAAAACACAGGAUCAGACACACAGGAGAAAAGCCAUAUAAUUGUUCAGUCUGUGGAAAAUGUUUUGCGGGAUCCGGAGAUUUGCAAAGACAUAUCAGAACACAUACUGGGGAAAAGCCGUAUCGCUGUGAGACCUGCAAUAAAUGUUUCAGCCGUUCUGCUGUCUUACGUCGACACAAAAAAACCCACUGUAAAGCUAACAGUGAAAGUGCAGCUAUUGUAGAUGAGUUUUCUCAUGCAAUGGAAAUUCCUGACCUCGAGAAGUCCCAAUGUUCAGAUUUGUUUACCCAGGAAAUCUCAGUAUCCUUCCUGUUGCCAUCAGAGAAAUGCCCACCCCGCUCGAGGGGGCAUUCACCAAAUGAGUUUGGACCCCCGGGAGCACCAUUUGGCACGGCAAGGCCUGGAGUGGGAAAAGACGCUCAGAAACUGAGUUUGGAUCCUGCCAAACUCUGUAAAUCUCCAGAAGGACAGACUCAGUCUUGUACUUUUAAAGAAAGCCAUCCCUCCUCUGAGGAGGGACCACUGCAGUCUGGCACUCUGCCCUCUGCACGUGCUCUGGGCAGCGGCUGGAACGGGGAGCCCCUGCGCAGCCGUGUGGCUCCUGCCAAGCCUCGAAAUAACGAGGGGCCCUUCUCUAGCAUGGCACUCUGGGGCCUAACCAUGAAGUCUUUGCAGAAUGAGAGCGAGCUGGGCCAAUGAGGCUUGGCCCUCCUGAAGAGCAGCGUAUCGAUUUGCUCCUCUUCUUCGCGAGGGAAGGAUGGUGAAGCUGGGCGGCCCUUUCGGCGAGAAGCGCGGCAAGCCGGCCCCGGCGGAGGACGG